UUUGCACGUGCAGCUCGCUGACAAUCUGCACUGAAAUCCUCACUGACCUCGUACAGUCUCACACUUAUUCCUUUACCACUGCUGCAGCUGCCGCACUUUGAACAUAAUGCAGGCUUCAUUCCUGAACAACCGGGCAGAGAGUCACUUCACCCCCUCGCUGGAGUGUGAAUUGGACAGCUUGGGGGGCGAAGGCGUAGUGAACCUGGGGUACAGCCGUUCCCCCCCGCUCUCGCCCCUAAGCACCAUCUACAACCCAAAGUCUGUUCUGGCGAACCCCUAUGGCAGCUCAUGUAAGCUGGACCUGCCUGCUCCUGUGGCUGCUGAGUCCAAGAGCCCCAGUGACCACCAGGGGAAACCAUCCACUGGAUGCUGUUCUUUCAUCACUCGAGCAGUGCGCGGAUUAUGGGGAACCACACUGACAGAGAACACAGCAGAGAACCGGGAGAUGUUUGUAAAGACUACUCUUAGAGAGCUGAUGGUCUACAUCAUCUUCCUCCUGGAUAUAUGUCUAUUGACGUAUGGCAUGACCAGCUCAAACGCCUACUACUACAAUAAUGCCAUGACUGAUCUGUUUGUGAACACACCCAGUGCGAGUGGCGUUACAUUUCAGUCCAUUAGUGACAUGGGAGAUUUCUGGGAUUAUGCACAGGGACCAUUACUGGAUGGGCUUUACUGGACAAAGUGGUACAACGAGCAGUCGCUGCAGUCAAGUGCGCAGCUCAACGGGCAGUCCUUUAUCUACUAUGAAAACUUGCUGUUGGGAGUCCCCAGAAUGAGGCAGCUGAAGGUGGUGAACAACUCCUGCACGGUGCACAAAGACUUCCGGCAAAACAUCACAGGUUGUUACGAUGUCUACAGCGCCGAGAAAGAGGACACUUCUGCAUUUGGCCUCAUCAAUGGAACUGCCUGGCAGUACCACACUGAGAAGGAGCUGAAGGGUUCUUCUCACUGGGCCAUCCUGACCACAUAUGGGGGCGGCGGCUUUUACCAGGACCUCAAAAUGUCCAAGGAUGAAAGUGCCGCAGUGAUACUGGAGCUGAAACAGAACCUGUGGCUGGACCGUGGAACCAGGGUGGUUUUCAUCGACUUCUCUGCUUACAAUGCCAACAUCAAUCUAUUCUGUGUCAUCAGCCUAGUCGUUGAAUUUCCAGCCAGUGGAGGGGCAAUACCAUCUUAUCAGAUCAGGACAGUGAAGCUGAUUCGCUACAUCAGCACCUGGGACUACUUCAUCAUUGGCUGUGAAAUGGUGUUCUGUGUGUUCAUCUUAUACUAUGUGGUAGAGGAGACCCUGGAGAUACGCAUACACAAGCUGUCCUAUUUCUCAAGUAUUUGGAACAUUCUGGACGUGCUGGUCAUUCUGCUGGCAAUUGUUGCAAUCAUAUUCAAUGUGUUCCGGACCAUCAAAGUGGAUAAAUUACUGGGAAAGCUGCUGGAACAGCCAGAUAUUUAUGCAGACUUUGAAUUUCUGGCAUUUUGGCAAACCCAGUACAACAACAUGAAUGCCAUGAAUUUAUUCUUUGCAUGGAUAAAGGUGUUCAAGUACAUCAGUUUCAAUAAGACAAUGACACAGCUGUCCUCCACGCUGGCACGCUGUGCCAAGGACAUCCUGGGCUUCGCCAUCAUGUUCUUCAUCGUCUUCUUCGCUUAUGCUCAGCUGGGAUACCUGGUCUUUGGAACAGAGGUGGAGUCCUUCAGUACCUUUGUGAAAUGCAUCUUCACCCAGUUCAGAAUUAUCCUAGGAGAUUUUAACUACGAUGCCAUUGACCAAGCCAACAGAAUUCUGGGACCCCUAUAUUUUGUCACCUAUGUGUUCUUUGUCUUCUUUGUGCUGCUGAAUAUGUUCCUGGCCAUCAUCAAUGACACAUAUUCAGAGGUCAAGGAGGAGCUGUCCAAGGAGACAGAUGACCUCCAGAUUACUGAUAUAAUAAAACAGAGCUACACGAAGACCUUUAUGAAACUUAAAUUCAAAAAGGAAAGAAUCACUGAUGUGCAGAAGGCCUUACAAUCAGGAUCAAAGGAACUAGAGUUUAAAGACUUCAGAGAAACCCUGAAAGAAAUGGGCCAUGCGGACAGUGAGAUCUCAGCAGCGUUCUCCAAAUUUGAUCGUGAUGGUAACCACAUUCUGGAUGAGGAGGAACAGACCAAUAUGAAACGCGAGCUGAAGGAGAAAAGGGAUGCUCUAAAUGCUGAGAUAAACACCCUUGGAAAACACUAUGGUAAGAAGGUGCUGGCCCACGCAAAAGAGCAGGAAGACGGGCAGAGCGACAGUAAUGGAGGAAUCACAGUGUCCCAGGAGGAGUUCACUAUGUUGGUUAGGCAGGUUCUUCAGCUGGAGGAUUCAGUAGCAACCAUUAUGGGGAAAAUGGACCUCCCAGCCAGCAGUGGAUCCAAGAACAAUACAACAAUGCCCACACUACUUGCCCAUAUCUUUGAGAAUGAAAGGCCUGCCCCUGACGGCACUGUACAGGCCCCUGUGAUGGGAACCACCUUUGGGGAGAAUGCUAAUAACUAUGGAAACCUAAAGCAUCGGUACGCUGGAUCCAACUGGCCCAUCAGUGGCUACUCUAGGAGCCACAUGUGAAGCAUGUCCAGGUGUCCACAGGGGGGCGCCAAGAAACUCAGAUUGCAGAACCUGCUCAGAUGCAGGUUCAUUGGCUCUGGGUUUUUUUACAUCUUUUUUUUUUUUUUUUUAAAGAAAAUGCUUCAAUUUUACAAAAAAUACCCAUAUACAACUUAUUAUAACACUUUACAAAACUUUUUCUUCCCAGCCCUUUAACUUAACUAUUAAAAUUUGCAUUACCUGUUUGUGUGAAGUCAUGAAAAUAAAAGAUUACAAAAUGUCUAUAAUAAAAAAGUCAACAACGCAUAGUUAAAUUGGGUUAAAUUGGGUGAGAAAAAUCUCCCAGUGGAUGGUAUUUAAAAUCAAGUUAUGAAUUUAAUAUAAAUUAGGGUUGUAUCCCUGUCUCUGUCACACUCUAUAAAAAUACUGAUGAAAUUCCAUUUGAUUUACACAUCCAUAUAAUGUACAGUACAAGUGCAUUCAGCGUAAUCCAGUCUCAAAAUCCCAGAGCCAAAGAACCCAUUUGAGAAUGCACCAACAGCAGGUUUUACUCCAGUUUAGGCGAAUAUUUUUCUAGUCUUAAAAUGACCCAUGUGCUAUGUCUGCUAUACUGAAAUCUGAAAGUAAUAUAGCUUCUUUGUAUGCACUGCAUGUCUUAAUAUAUGUAAAACAAAGAUAUAUGACUUUAUGUUAAUAUGAUGGGUAUGUUUCAUUAGUAAGUGUAAAGUAUACUUUAUGUAUUUUCUUUGUGUGUGUCAGUGUAAUGUGUAUUUAGAAAUGUCGUUUGGAAGGUGACCUUUUACUAUAUGAAUAUAUGUUAAUAUAUUUAUUCCACUCCGUAUUUGACCAUAAAUGUAGAGAUAUGCUGGAUAAAGAAAAUCAUGACAUUUUUUGGUUGAAUCAACUAUGUAUGAUAACAUUAUUUCAAGAAUUCUUGUCCUAUUAACUAGACCUUAACUUAUAAAGACAAAGUCUGAUUAAAGACAGUUUUUUUCUGUGUAAAUUAAAUGAAUGGUAUUUCUGCAGUGAGCUCUACGUCUGUUUGUCAGUAUAUAUAAAGACUACUCUGAAUCACCUUAGAAUCAUGCAGAGCAAAAGUAAAUUAAUGGCGUUAAAUGAAAGUAUUGCAGAAAUUAAAUGGCUAUUCAC